AUGCCCUUCCCCAACAGCUCCGAUCUCAGCCCUUCCUCCUUCAUUCUGGCCAGCAUUCCUGGGCUGGAGGCUGCCCACUUCUGGAUGGCGAUCCCCCUGUGCUCCAUAUACAUUGUGGCCAUCGCAGGCAACUGUGCGGUGCUGUUCAUCGUGAAGACGGAGCCGAGCCUGCACGCUCCCAUGUACUUCUUCCUCUGCAUGCUGGCGGCCAUUGACCUGGCCUUGUCCACGUCCACAGUGCCACGCGUCCUCUCCUUCUACUGGUUCAACACCAGGGAGAUCAGCUUUGGCGCCUGCCUCCUCCAGAUGUUCCUCAUCCACACCCUGUCGGCCAUCGAGUCCACCGUCCUCCUGGCCAUGGCUGUGGACCGGUACGUGGCCAUCUGCCACCCGCUGAGACAUGCCGCCAUCCUCACCAAUGCCCUGACGGUGAAAAUAGGCCUGGCAGCCAUGGCCAGGGCAGUCCUCUUCUUCCUGCCCCUACCUUUGCUCCUCCUGCCCCUUCCCUUCUGCAGCUCACGGGUCCUGUCACACUCCUUCUGCCUGCACCAGGACGUGAUGAACCUGGCCUGCGCCAACACCACCCCCAGCCUGGUCUAUGGUCUCACCGCCAUCCUGCUGGUCAUGGGGCUGGACGGCCUCCUCAUCUGCAUCUCCUACGUCCUGAUCCUCAGGGCCGUCUUGCGCCUGGCAUCGUGGAAGGAGAGGCUCAAGGCGUUCAGCACCUGUGUUGCCCAUAUCUGCGUGGUCCUGGCCUUCUAUGUGCCCCUGAUCGGGCUGUCCGUGGUGCACAGGUUUGGGAGAGGCCUGGCUCCGCUGGUUCGUGUUGCCAUGGGGAACGUCUACAUCCUGGUGCCUGCUGUGCUCAACCCCAUCAUCUAUGGGGUGAGGACCAAACAGAUACAUGCCUAG